GGCUGUAGCAAGGAUGAGAUGAGAAGUUCUGCCGGUGGUGCCUCCUUCGCGUCAGUUCUGGUGCGAGCUCGCCCCCCCUUGCCUACGGAAGCAUCGUAUGGCCACUGUGCGCGGACGGAAGGCAAGAAGGUUGUCCUGACAACGGAGACCCUGGCACCUGCGGGUGACAAGCGCACAAAGGCCAUUGAAUGCCAAUAUGACAAGGUGUUGGGGAUCCAAUCUGGACAGCAGGAAGUGUGGGAGACUGUUGUGCCUUUGGUGAACAAAGCUUUCGACGGUUACAACGUCACCCUUUUCACCUAUGGGAUGACUGGCAGUGGCAAAACAUAUACCAUGCUAGGUCCAACCUUGAUGGAAUCUGCCUUCGAGGGAACAGCAGCACCAACCAGCAGCCACAUCGGAAAGGACAACAACCGAGGAGUCGUAGUUCGAGUUAUGCAGCAGAUCUUCAAGCAAGUACCGGAGGCUCGAGUUAGCUUGAAUUACGUCCAGGUCUACCAAGAAAGGUGCUAUGACCUUCUCCAACCGGCUUCGACCAAACCUCUGCGAGUGAGAGAGGAUAGUCAGAAGAAACCUGGGCAGAAUGUCAAUGUAUUUCUGGAGGAUCUGACUGAAGUGGUCGUGACCAACGUGGAGGAAUGCUUGGAAUAUCUGAUUCUUGGUUUUGCCAAUGUUGCCUUUCGGUCGACAAACUACAACGAGCAGUCAUCCAGGGCUCACUGCAUCCUGACCCUCACCGUUCAGCAGCAGCUGGGCGACCGUCUCCGGGAGUCCAAGCUACGCCUGGUGGACCUGGCGGGCAAUGAGCGAUGGGUUAUGACGGGCCCGCAGAUCUCACCUCAACAUGCUCGAGAGUUGGCAACAAUCAACCGGUCCAUGCACAUUUUGGGCAGCUGCUUGCAGACCCUCUCGAAGCCGCCUGUCUACAAGCGAGGCAUCGAGGUUGACAGGCACGUGCCCUACAGGGACUCUACAUUGACACUUCUGUUGCGAGAUAGCCUUGCUGGCAACAGUUACACGCUGAUGAUUUGCACUAUUUGUUGCUCAGUUCUCUAUCAGAUGCAGACUCUGAGCACAUUGCGCUUUGCAGAUCGAGUGAAACGUGUAAAGAUGAAGGCGACCAUUUGUGACACCAUGGAUCACAAGGAGGUACAGAAUCAGAUCCAGGCAGAAGUGGAAUAUCUUCGAGCAGCUGUCAGCGGAGCAUCUGCCAGGGGUGAUUUGCAAGAAUUGAAGCAACGCGUAUCCAAUUUACAAAAGGCUUGCCUGGGGCUCGAGGGCGAGAAUCGUCAGCUCCGCGAGCAGAUCGCAGAGCUGGAAAAACAGCCGCUGCAGAAAGGGACGGUGAAGGCAGCGACCCGACGUGUGCGACGCACAAAUAGUGAGCCAAGCCUCCCGACACCAGAUCCAUGGUUCGAGGAGGAAGAUCUUCAGGCUGCUUGCUAUCGGAGUCACGAUGAUAUGGGAAGCCGAAUGGCUGGACGGUGUCCAAAGGGACACCGCUUGCAAUCUAUGGGCAGCAUCGCUCAUCCACACCCAGCUGCAGCCAACGCUGCGUAUUUUGAGUGGCAUUGCGAUCGUCCUGGCUGCCGUGGUAGCAGCAGAAUAUUGGAUCUGGGGCGAUUCCACUGCAGCUUGUGCCAUCAUGACCUGUGCCAGGCAUGCUAUGACCAGCUGGUGGGGAAGUCCUACUCCAGAACAGACGUCCACGCCCAUGUGGCCAGGCGCCCCAAGGCCGUGUCAGCUGCGCCCAAAGCUCCAGAGCCACGGGAUACGUGGGACAGGCGCACACCGAUGAACCCUCAGCAGGUGCCAAAGGUCACCCCUCGCGAAACACCCCGGGAGAUCCUGGAGGAGCGAAGUGAGCGCAGCGAGCGCAGUGCCAAAGUGCGGCCACCUCCCAGUGUCCCAAGUGCUGCUCCAACUGCAAGUGCCACAAGUUCUCCUAGUGCUCCUAGUGCUCCGAGCAAGCCGCGGCCUGCGGAUCCAAAUGCGGCACCUGAAAAGCCGCCAUACAUUCUGAGGCUCGAAGAAUCUGCCAGAGCUUUUGCUCGUGUGAAUCGUGAAAGACGUCGAAAGCAAGGCCCUGCAAGUGCUCGGCAAAAGGUGCAUGGCGGAGUGCAAUCCGGGGCGUCCAUUGGCUCUGCAUCCACGGCGUCCACUACACCCGAGUCAGUGAGGAAGCGUUUAUUGGCUGGCUCCGAAGCAGGAUACCACGGACACGGAGGUUUGGAGAGGAAUGGUGGCACUUUACCGCCCCUACAUUCCAGAGCUCCAGGAGCCUACCAGGCUCAUGCAGACCGAGCACGGCAAUUGGAUCGAAGGAAAGAGGCAGAAGCAGCUGGGCGCCAUCCUGACAUCCCGCUGCGGGAUGCCAUUUUUCUCCCAGCCCUGGAGGAAGAUUGGCAGCUGUCACAGCCCCGGCCGAGCCCCAAAAAGGCGGUGCCAAGCCCGCAGCUCUGGGGUCGAAAACGGGAUGCAAUUCCAAGCCCAAGAGACGAAACAAGGGACGAAAGGGAGGCGCCCAAAGGGUCACCGAGAGGGCCUCCCAAGCCGAAGCCACCGCCGGUUCUGGCACCAGGUUUGGGUGCGGCUGAUGCAGUGGAUAUGCGGACGAUUCUGGGGGAGCUGGAUGCGAAACACGCUCAAAACAAAGAAGGGGCAGAUGCAGCGGCAUGGCAAGCUUCCACAUGGCCUCGGGAAUUUACAAAGCCCCUGGAGUGAUUGGCUCUGAAGCAUCAACCGUCUCUCUGAAUGAAUUGCUGUGGACGGCAUUGUUUCUUUGUUUCUGUGUGUGUGUGCAGGCUUGUGUUUGCACUCGGGUUUGCUGUUGUUUGCCUCGUGUUUGAUGUGUUCCGC